UGGAGCCUCUAGCUGCAUCUUGUUGACGGUCCGCCAGGCUUUUCCAGUACUGAGAAGACCCCGCUCGAGAGAGGACGACCGACACGCGCAGCGAUUUCAGGCAAUGGAUCAGAACAUAGAAACCUUCAGUCAUCAUCAUGCAUGUGUUUAACUACCAGAAGAUUUGUGUCAUUUGAAAAGACUUAACGAGGAAGAAAGACUCAGAGGAAUACAAGAACUCAGUCAGCAGACAGAAACGACAAUAACCCAGUGCUUAGACAUGGCCAGCACCCAGACCAGUUUGAAAACCCCUUUCAAAGACUUGACCUCAUUCAAGGGCAACAUGAAACGGCUGUAUAGAGAGCGACUGGAGGAUGCGCCCAUCAAGAAACGAGUGAUGGCGGAGAUCAACCUCAAGCGUCGCAGCUUGGAUUCCCUCCCCAAAACUCCCAAGGUGAAGAGGGAGCAUAUCGAGGAUCUGUGCCACGACUCUGACGUGGAUGUGGAGAGUCGGGCUGAACUGCACGUGGUGGGCUCUGCUAAAGCCUUGGACCUGAGCCCUGGGCUUAAACACACACUGGCCCAGUUCACCCUCAGCAGCCAGAGCUCCCUCGGGGGCCCAGCUGCUUUCUCAGCCCGCACCGGCCAUGAGCAUUCCCCGGCCGGCAUGCCCCCCCUACCUUCCCCUCCUGUUCUGGGAGGGGGCCCUCUGCUGGUUCCCUGUGACAGCUCCACUGAACUCACCCACUCGCUGCUGGAAGGAGAGUCUAUCUCCUGCUUCGUCGUUGGGGGAGAGAAGCGACUUUGCCUGCCCCAGGUGCUCAACUCUGUGCUCCGUGACUUCUCGCUGCAGCAGAUCAACACUGUGUGCGAUGAGCUCUACGUCUACUGCUCGCGUUGUGACGCUGAGCAGCUGCACAUCCUCAAGGUGCUGGGGAUUCUGCCGUUCAACGCACCUUCCUGUGGCCUCAUUACCUUGACGGAUGCACAGCGGUUGUGCAAUGCUCUACUGCGUCCCGGGGCGGCCUUGCCUGCCGACCCCAGCGGUAAGCUGUCGACCCAGGGCCUGCUGAAGGAGAGCGAAGCCAGUUUCCAGGUGGAGCACCAGUGUUUGGGGAAGUGCCAGGGUCUCUUUGUGCCCCAGUUCUACACCCAGCCCGAGGCGCCCUGCAUCCAGUGUGUCGAGUGCCAGUUGCUCUUUUCACCACAGAAGUUUGUCAUGCAUUCACACAAGUCACCAGAUAAGAGGACCUGCCACUGGGGCUUUGACUCAGCCAAGUGGCCCUGCUACCUGCAGCUUGCCAGGAAGUACCAAGGCAUGCCUGAGGAGCCAAAGCUCAAGCAGCUCCUGGAUGAAGUCAAAGAGAAGUUCCACUAUCAGCUCAAGAGGUCACUAGACAAAAAGGCAGUGGAGGAGGAGGAGAGCCAGGUGAGGAAACCCUCAGCAGAUCUCUGUUCCCCCAGCAGCAAGUUGGCCGAUGCCGACCCAGCAAGAAAGGGGAAAACAUCUCCACCUACUCUGGUGUUCAAUCGUCUUUUCUCUGAUAUCAAGGAGGAGCCAGGACACCCCACCCUGGUCCAUCCCAGUUACUACCUGUACACAUACGAUAAGAUGGUGGCUCCCAACGUGUCUCUGCGAAGGGAGGCGGAGAUGAGCCCGGAGAUGUUCGGAGCGCUGCUCAAACAGCACUACAGCCGCAGAGUGCUGGGCCACGACGAGCCACCCAUGGAUCUUCACGCGUCGCCUCCCGUUGCUGCUGGCGCCGAGGAGGCCAAAUCCCAACGAGCCGCUGCUGCCUCGGCCACUGAGCGGGAAUGCCAAACCCAGGCAGUUUCCAUGGAGACAAGCAGCCCGAACUGCAAGAAAGCCACCCACACCCCCGCCCACACCCCUCCUCCUCCUCCUCCUCCUCCUCCUGCGUCGUUGUUGUCGCCGGUAACGGAAGUAGUGGCUAAGGACAUGGGCUCUGCCACGAGCAGCUCUGCGGUGGUGGUGGGGGGGCUGGAGGACGACAAGGACAGGAUUGUUGUGGAGAUCAUGCAGAUGUACAGCAGGCAGCAGGAGAAGCUCAACUCCACCCUGCACAAGCAGCUGCAGCUGGAAAUGGAGCUGGAGGCGGUGCGUGGGGGCGAGGCGGCGAGGCUACGAGAGCUGAGCGCCGAGCAGCGGGAGCUGCGCAGUGAGCUGGAGGCGGUGCACAGUGAGCAGGCGCGGCAGCUCAGCCAGGCCCGCCAGGAACAGCUGGAGCUGGAGACCCGACUGGAGCAGCUCCGACAGCAGGCCUGCGCCUGCGAGCCGGGGGCACAACGCCAGCAAGAGGCCCACUACACUGCACAGUUGUCAGAGCUACGUCAGAGGCUGGAGCGGGCGGAGGCGGACCGGCAGGAGCUGCAGGAGGAGCUGCGCAGGGAGCGUGAGGCGCGGGAAAAGCUGGAGCGCACAAUCACCCAGCUCAAGCAGCAGAUGGUCCAGUCUGCCACGGUGGGAGGCAGCCCUUCUCCUCCCCUUACCCCUUCAACCGGACCCCCUCACGCCCACUCCCCGCCCUCCUCCUUCUCAGAGAUCCCAGCGGCUGGCCAAAAGUAACUGCCGCCCCCCUCAGGCGCCUCCCUCGUCCCCUCAUUCCUCUCCCCAUCACCCGCCAACUCUACAGACACAAACAAAUCAGCCUGAAGCAGAGCGGAGGCUGUUUGAAAGUUGUGCAUCUCACCCUCCCUCUUUUAUUUCAGUGUAGGACUGACUUUGUUUUUGUAAUUUAACAUCACUUAAAAGAAAAGUUUUAUGUUGUGUUUUUUUUUAUUCUUUCUUUUGCUCCCCUCUCCUCUCUUUAAACAGUAUUUAAAGAUUUUUUGGGCAUGUAUGUUUGAUUUAAUUUAUAGUUUUUACUGAACAAACAGCUGCUUCACAGACGGGAGUUUGGUCACGUAGAGACCAACUCAACCCAUCACUAUUGCCCCGCUCCCCCUACACCUCCCCCCACCUCCCACCCUAUGAUCGUCACCCUACUCUCCCAUCCCUCCUUGCUCUCUCUGGAUUCUGGAGCUAAUGACUUGGAGAUUUCAGACUUCAGCUCAGAUGCACAGACUCGUCGCGGACAUCACUUCAUGCUACUACCUGGCACAGCAGCCGGUGCCCUCAGACAUAUAAUGGCGCCUGGUUGCGUGCCCCUUUUCCGUCUCUCUCUGUACGUACAGCCCAAACGCUCAAGUACCAGCGACUGCAGGAAACUGCAUGGACAUUAUUGUUUUGUUUUUUUUUUGUUCCUUAUAAAACACAAAAAGAAAAGUGUAUCAUGUUAAAAAACAUCAAAUCAAUAUGGAGGAGAAAGACCUUUACUGUACAAAAAAAAAGACAUUUUGCAGAUGUCGUAAAACCUCAUGAAAAUAUGCCAAUAGUGACGCUGAACUUGAAAUGAGUGUUUUGAGUGUGACAGACACCCCCCACCACACCCCACCCCACCCCCUCAAGGUAGCUAGCUAGCAAAUCGUCUGGCCUGGACCCCAGCUGCUCCUCACACAGACUAGUGUCCUUCUUCACUCUGCUGGGCAGCACCUGGACUCUCCUGUCAUAGACCAAAUAGUGUGUCGGUUGAUCCACCAGCUGCCCAGUGUCUCCUCUGCCCCCCCUUCACACUUUCAACUGCUGUACGCUAACGCCAUUGCCCUCUGCUGGGAAACUCCUUAACACUGUGGUUUUCACCCACUUUAGGCUAGACAGGAAACACUGUGCUCUUCUCAGGCUUGGCAUGAAGAAGCUCACGAGCAGUGUUAUGCACUUAGCACGCUCUCCUCCCCCAGAAUCCCCUGGGAAAGGAAUGUGUCUGGACACGGGGGCUGGUUGAGCCGGUGUAGCUUUUCUAAGAAAGAAGAAAGGCCAAGUCUCACAUGUGCGGGAGCUGUACUGCGUUACCAUAAUACAUGCAACAUCCCUGCAUGCCCGCACACACUCGAGUGUGUUCAGGCAGAACAAUGGCCCCAGCGUUCCCAGCAGAUGAUCAAAGCUCCAGUCUGUCCCUGUUUUCUGGGCUUCUCUUUUUCUACCAUUUGACUUCAUUGUUAGUUGACGGUUUUUAUCCACCACCCUGUUUGUCAGAGCGUUGUCUAAGAAUGUGGGUCGCAGGUGAAAGCAGUUAGUCCGGGGUGGUUUGGGCCUCGGGUCCGGCCCCUGCUUCAUGUUAUUCUGCCUGGCUGAACAAACAGCACCGGGCAGGAAGAGGAAGAGAGGGGAGGCGAGGAUUGAGGGGAGCGCUCGGGGGACCGCUGCACUCUCCCCCUGCGGCAGGCUGGGUGGCCCAGACGCCAGGGGUACAGAGGGAGCCCUUUUUGUUUUGUGCUGUCAGAAUGGGGGCAGCUGUUGUUGUCUGUGGGCCUCUGCCCGCCCUCGGGUGAGACUGUACAGGAUCCCCCCCGUCCUCCAUCUCUCAACAACCUCCCUCCCUCGCCCUCUCCCACAAAACGACCGUCACUCACUCACACAUACCCGUCCAUCCAUCUCCAGUGCCAGAUCAGCUGGGGGUGUGCAGUGUUUUGUAGAUGCCCAGGAGAGCGAGCAGACGUCCAGCCAGAGGAAGAGAGGACUUUUAUUGUGUCGGUUGCCAGGCAAAAGCGCUUUUUAUUGCCACUAAGGAGAUCCCUGUAAGCGAGUGUGUGGUGUGUGUGUAAAUAAUUGUUUAAAAAGAGAAGGGGAUCAGCCUCAGCUAAACUCUGAGCUUUUUUUUAUGCAUCUGCUAAAAAAUGCAAAUUGAUAGACAUUCCACUGUGCUCCAUCCUGUUUAAUGCAGAGUUUCUUACACAGCUUCCCUUUACAAUGACAGACCUUAAAGACCGGGCAGAGUACAGUUGUGGUUUGUCGAUUGUCAUAAAAGCAGGUGCAGGUGCAAGCCAGUAAAAUCAAACCCACGCCGCAAAUGUACACUCUACUGUUCCAUUUAAACCUUUAUUGAAAUUAUGAAAGAAAAUAUUUAACGUAUUAACUAAAGAUUUAUAUUCACUUUGUAAAUACAGUAGUCAUUAAUAUAUUAACUGUUCUUAUAUGAAAAAUCUUCAAAAGGUUAUAUAAAUUGGACCAGAACUAAGGCUUCAGAUGUUUUUGCUUUCUUUUUUAAAAAAGUUAUCAGAGCUCGGGUUUUGUCGAGCUGAUGUAGGGGAGUGAAACGCAUGGUUUACUGAGACAUGGUGAUGCAGGACAAAGGCAAAAUAGGAAAAAUAAUACUUUGUUACACACUUUCCCCCUUUUUCUGAAAUGAUGCAUUUGGUUUUUUUUUUGUGGAUUUCAUCUUGACAGACUGUUUAACGUGUAAUGUGAUGAGCUUUUUCCUCUUUGUUAAACCCCCCCCUCCCCCCUGAGAUAAAUUGAAAAUGAAACAUUUGUUUAAAAAAAUGCAUUUUGGAGAAAAAAAAAUGGAAACAAAAAAUGAUUAUUUUUUGCAUGUUUUGCUGCCCCUUAUGUUUUGUGUCACCGGGCCAAUCUAUCAAUCUGUUCAUUGUUAAAAAAAAAAAAAAAAUGAAAUGAUAAGAAGAUGUUUCCCCCUCACGUAACGCACAAACUAUUGAGAUGGCUCAUAUGCAUGAACAUUGAACAUGUGCAAGUUUUAUACCAUUAUUGGUUUAGAGGUUGGCUAGAUAUAAAUUCAGAUUAUGAAGAACAUGUAGCCUAAUUUGAUUUGGAAAUUGUGUGUGUGUCUGUGAGAGGAAGAGAGAAAGUGUGUGUGUCUGUGUGUGUGUGUGUGUGUGUGUGUGUGUGUGUGUUGGCCUCCCACGUCUGACAGAAGCACAGCAGCUUUGAAAAGGGAAAGAGAAAACCGUGCUCAUGUAGCUCUGAAUGUGUCGUUAUGAUUUCUGAUACUGAUCAUUUAUCCUCGUUUGGAGGUGUAAACAUCACUCAAAAGAUAAUCAGUAUUAGUUUUAUUGAAUUAAUUACCUCUUCAGCAGGAAAAAAAAAUGAAGAAAAAAUCUUUCAAUUCAUCCCAUUAGCAGAUAGCUAAUCUGUUUUCUCCUAAUUUACUUUGUGUAAUUUGCAUUUUAUACACAAGGGGGCAUUGUUUAGCUUCUUUAAUCGUACACCAUAAUGAAAAAAAUGACUAAAUGUAAAUGAAAGGGGAGAAAAAUCCCCUGUAACACGGUUUGCUGGGCCUUUUUGCAUUUUGCAGUGUUAUGAGAACUUGGAUAUGCUUUGUACAGAAUUUCUACAGGUGUGACGUUUGCCCAACAGACGAAAGCAAGGUGAAACGAGCAGAGCUUGACCACGUGGACACAUUUGAAUACAGGAUUUACAUACCCAUUGCCUCCUGGCUGUGUGAGGAAAAGUAGUAAACAAAUCCAAGGUGACAUUUGAACUGUUGCAGGUGGUAUGCUUUGUAGUUGGGUAUGUAAUUUUCAGCCAGUAAUUAUACUAUGCCAGUGUGGGAGAAAUAGGAAGUAUGGCUGCAUUGUUGAUCACACAGAUCACUGGUUACUAAGAAUAGGUACACCAUGUUUUAAUUUAUACACAUCCUGCUAUAGAUGAAAAAAAGAGAUGAAAAGAUUCAUGGCUUUGCUAUAAAGAACCUUUUUUCCCCUCAAUGCUGUUCUGAAACAUGAAACACAGUGUCUGUGUUUGACCAUUGCAUACUACGUUGCCAAUACUACAGUGUGAUGAGACUUUUGUUCUUGCAUGAAUCGAGACACUGUUCUCCUACCUCAUGUUGUGAUAUAAAAAGAUGUUUUUUAAGCAGAAGACACUGCAUCUCUAACUGUUUAUCAUCAUUGAUAUUUACUAGUAAAGUACAUACCUGUAAAUGCUUUUAGCUAAUACCUCAGUUGUAUCUAGUGUUUGUUUUUUUUCUGUUUUUGCCCUUCCCUGAUUUCAGAUCUUGUAUAUAUACCCUGUAUAGACAAUGAACUUGGAUCAAAUUCAAGUAAAGUUCUGUAGUGUCGAA